AUGAGGGACGAACGAAGAAAGGUUAGAGAACCUGAAGGAUCUGAGAGACGUGAUAGCAAACGUUCUUCAUCUGUUCGGGAUCUAAAUUUAGUUCGCCUCGCGAGGAAUGGUGAUUUGGACUCAAUGAAACAAAUGAUAAAGGAUGGAGCUGAUGUGAAUGAACAAGAUGAAUGUGGUUGGACAGCGUUACAUGAAGCAUGUAUGCGAAACCUUCCACGCAUGACUGAAUAUUUGUUACGACAUGGAGCUGAUCCUGGUAUGGUGAAUGCGAAGGGUGAUACAGCACUUCACUGUGCUGCGCGGAUAGGAUGUUUGCGUAUUGUUCGAGCUCUCUUGUACUAUAAUGCCAACCCUCUACUACUGAACCACAAGGGUGAUAAGCCUUUGGAUUUAUGUCAAGACGCUGAGGUGUCGAAUUUUCUUAACCAACAUAUUGAAACUAACCAAAUACACAUGGUUUCAUCAUCUGGCUCCGGGAAACCAGCUGUUUUGAAGGUUACUCGCCAACAUUCAACAACCUCACGUAGUGGAAAACAUUUGACUUCUACUUCUGGCACAACUGUGUCUGACGCUAUUGAAUAUCAUGGUGGGGGGAAAGAUAACAAUAGCAUGACUAGUGUGUCAGAUGUUUAUUCAGACUCAGAUGGUAAUGAUGAUAAUGGUGACGAUGAUUGUCAUUCAACUUCAACUUUGAGUAUGAGCACCAGUUUAGCCCACCAGAAUAUCAUUAGUCCUGCUAGUAACAACCAAUCCGAUAUGAAUAACUUGUCCUCCAGUGGUCAGCAUAGUCAUCAAACGUCCAGUCCAUCAUUGUCAUCUGUACCGAAAUGCAUACCUGAUAUGUAUAUUUCUUCAACGAAAUCCUCAGUGAAGAAAGAUCCUUAUGCAUUUGAGGAUGAUGAGAGUGAUGGGACGGUGAACAAUCCUGGAAAUUCGUUAUUACUGCAUCCAUCACCUACGAACAAUACACUAACCGGACAUACUGGAAUUCAUUCUAGUUGCGGGGGUGGUGGUGGUGUUGGUACAGCCAGUUUAACAAAGACAAAUACUAGUCCGAGCAGUGGUCUGCUGUCGAAGCACACACAUCAGUUGUCCUCUUCAAAUUUGCCUAUUGUGGAGUCUGUGAAUAUCAUUUCAGAUAGUAAUCAAAGUCAUAGUACGACUGGGCACAUAGGCAGUGGCAGCAGCAAUAACAACAGUAUUGGUUUGGGUGGACCUCCACUUCGGCUUCGUUUUGCAAAAGAAGCUGGACAGUAUACUUGA